AUGUAAUAGGAAACACAAAACAAGAAAAUCACCUUUAAAUUUCUUAAUUAAUUGAAACUUAUGAUCAAGCCAUCUUAAUAAAUAGUGUAGAUCACUCAUGCAUUCGUAACAAUAUUAAGUGGAACAAUAGCAUCAAUUCAAGGAAAUUAAAUAAAGUCUGAAUGGUAGUCAAUAAAACAUUGUUUACGAAAUACAAAUGAGAUUCUGGAAAUUAUUAAUGAUACACAAACAUUUUAAAAAAGGGUACGUUUCGAAAAUCUAGAGAAAUCAAUGUAGAUUUUAUAAUCAAUUCAAUAAUAAAGCGAAGAUGAGUAAAGAGAUGAGACAUUUGACAUAAUACAAGAAGCUUUGAACUAGUUAUUAACUAUUGCAAAGCCUUUGUUUAAAAAUCUACUAUUGUGUAAAAGAAGCAAUUCAAGAAAUAGAUCAUUAAGUUAAUAAGGUUUUGAGAAAGCUAAUUAACUUCAAUAAUCCUAGAAGUCAUUCAGCAAUAAGACCAAUAUCUCUUAAUCUUAAUUAAAUCAAAGUAAUAGCAAAAUCAAUAGACCCAAAAGUCAAUAAUCAAAUCUUAGUUGUAGUCGUUCUUCAUCAAAAUCUAAAGACUAUUAAUAACGAGUGAUAGAAGCUCAAAUUAAAAAAGUAAAUUUUACAUUAAAGGUAGCAAUCAAGAUUGGACAGGAUAUUAAAAUUGCAGACCAAUAAGCCGUCAGCAACUUCGUAGAUAAAAAAAAUGAUUGA